UCUCUGGAUAUUCACUUCAUGUACCUGUCUGGAAUGCUGAGACAAGAACACAAACAUAUAAAAUGUACACGUUCAGGAGAUAAAUGGUGUCAUGGCUGUUUUGUUUCAUUUCCUGCAGUGUUAUGUUAGAAGGUGAUCCACACUGAACAGUCUGGAUAACUUUCUCAGUAGUUUUAUUUCUAGUUUGGGUCUGACUCGUACCAAAAUGUCAGGGGACUCUCUCAUGUCUGGCUCCUUUGUGGUAGCAGACUAUGUGGUGUUUGCUCUCAUGCUGGUGGUGUCCGCCGCUGUCGGGGUCUACUACGCCUGGGCGGACAGGGGCCAGCGAAGCUCGGGAGACUUCCUAAUGGGGGGCCGAAGACUGACAGCCCUGCCUGUCUCCUUGUCCCUGACUGCCAGCUUCAUGUCAGCUAUCACCGUGCUGUCCAACCCGGCCGAGGUUUACCGCUAUGGAGCCAAUAUUGGAUUUUAUGGUCUCUCCUAUGUAAUGACGAUGGUGGUCACAUCUGAGGUCUUCCUUCCAGUCUUUUACAGGCUGGCCAUCACCAGCACGUAUGAGUAUCUGGAGCUGCGUUUCAACAGAGCAACACGUCUGCUGGGAACUGUGCUCUUCAUUGUUCAGACCAUCCUCUACACUGGAAUCGUCAUUUAUGCCCCAGCUCUUGCUUUAAACCAAGUAACUGGUAUGGAUCUGUGGGGUGCAGUGAUCUCCACGGGCGUGGUCUGCACCUUUUACUGCACAAUGGGUGGUCUGAAGGCAGUGGUGUGGACUGAUGUGUUCCAGCUUGGUGUCAUGCUUGCAGGCUUCCUGUCUGUCAUCAUCAGGUCUGUGGUCUUACAAGGUGGAGUCUUCCCCAUCAUUUCAGAUUCACAACAAGGAGGGAGGCUCAACUUUUGGGACUUUGACAUAAACCCUCAGAGAAGACACACUUUUUGGACCACUGUCAUAGGAGCGACGUUUGGCUAUAUCACACUCUAUGGGACUAACCAAUCCCAGGUUCAGAGAUACGUCUCCUGCAAGAGCAUCACUCAUGCCAGAGUAGCACUGUACAUCAACUUGUUAGGUCUGUGCUCCUUCUUGCUGUGCUCAGUGUUUGCAGGAAUGUGCCUCUACUCAGUCUAUAUGAACUGUGACCCAUGGACAGCCGGACUGGUUUCUGCUCCCGAUCAGCUGAUGCCAUAUAUGGUGAUGGACAUGUUGACAGACUAUCCUGGCCUUCCCGGACUAUUUUUUGCAUCAGUAUAUAGCGGCUCUCUAAGCACAGUGUCUUCCAGCAUCAAUGCAUUGGCUGCAGUGACAUUAGAGGACUUUAUCAAACCGUACACUAACAUGUCUGAGAAACACCUGUUCUGGAUGUCCAAAGGACUGAGUUUCUUUUAUGGAGUUUUAUGCAUUACCAUGGGUGGACUGGCCUCAGUCAUGGGAGGGAUGAUGCAGGCAGGUGUCAUUAUCGGUGGGGUCAUUGGAGGUCCUUUACUUGGCCUAUUCACAUUGGGUAUCCUCUGUCCAUUAGCCAAUUCCAAAGGAGCUUUGUCAGGCCUUGCGUCAGGGUUGGCUGCAUCCUUGUGUGUGAGCCUUGGAGCCCUGAUGUACCCUUCCCCUCCUGCAAUGACCCGACCUCUGUCACUGACCACUGAAGGUUGUAACUUCACCACGACACACAGCCUCAACUGGACCUCCACUGCUCUGCCCACAGAAUCAAGCUCCAUCACCACAGCCCCAUUACAGAACAGCGAUGACAAACAACUGGCAGAAAACUGGCACUCUCCUUCCUACCUUUACUUCUGUCUUAUUGGAGCUGUAACUUCUAUCAGUGUAGGAGUGAUAGUCAGCCUGUUUACAGGAGGCUGGAGGGCCAGGGAGGAAUCGAGGCUUUCCUUUAUGAAAGAAGACACAACUACUUAUCACAUAUUCUCGUUUUUCAAAGACAGAGUCAUGAGACGAGCAGAAAAGCUUCACCUGACAAAAAACGGAGAGAAGAAAGUUGGCAACAUAAAUGCUGCUUUCUGUGAUGGUGGUCUUUACAGGCAGCAUUCCCACAUUCAUUCCCUCUAAUGGAAACUUUUUUUUGUAAUUACAAAAAAAACAGGAUAUCCCUGUUUAAAAAUGUACAUCUGCAUGUUUAUUGUUGUUCUCAUUAUAUAUUAGCUAUUAAUUAUAGCUCUGAUGUUUUAAGGAAUUAUUUUUUCCAGUCUGAAAAUGUGUUUGAUCUCUCUCUGACAUGCCUUUAAAUAGUGUAACAUUUCUCUUAAUUAGUAUGUGUGUUAUCCUUACUGCUUUUAACACAAAAUUGAACACCUGCGCAAUAGCUUAAACGUAUCUCACAGCCAGAGGGUGCUGCUGAUUUGUUAUAUGAGGCACAUGAGCUCUUCCUUUGGAUACUUGGAUUUGAAUGGAGGUACCAUUACAACACCUGUUUGUGGUCUGCAUUGUUACAAGGGUGCAGA